AUGGAGAUGAGAAAAACAAAAAAACACCAUAGGAGGAGUAGUGUAAUCUCAUACUACGAGAAUUCGGAUCUCCCAAUAGAUCUAGUGUUAGAAAUAUUGCAUAGGCUGGAUCUGAAAUCCGCGACGCGAUGCAAGUUUGUGUCAAAGGAAUGGUGCUCUGUUAUCACUGAUACUUUUUUCGCUAGAUGCUUUGUUAACUACUACAACAACAACAACAGUCGGCCAAUAGUGGAUCAUUGGCCCUUUACCUUGCUACUCCAGUGCACUAAUUGGCGAACAAAGAAUGGACAUCUCCUCUUGCCAUUGGAGGAGGAACCUUAUUUUAAAUCUCUGCCUUACAUUCCACCAAUGUAUCAAGAACAACGCCACAAUGAGUUCAACAUUCAAGCUUCGUGUCAUGACUUGUUCUUAUGCUCUGAAUCUGCAGUUGUUAGUGAUCAUAAUACUCCCUUUUUUUACUAUGUCAUUAAUCCAAUUACUAGGCAAUGGACUGCCCUUCCUCCACUUCCACAUCAAUACACCGCAUCAGUAGUAAGGCGGCGGCCUCUGAUUGGCUUCAUAUGUAACUCCUGUGACAUUCUUCUUCAUCAUCAUCAUCAUCAUCAGCAGCUUCAGCUUAGUUUUAGAGUGAUGCUCAUUCCUGAAUUUGAGGGCAUGUCAACGGAAUUCAAGGUGUACAUAUUCUCAUCUGACACAAGUAAAUGGAGUGAGUCUCUGGUGUCGUGCCCUGAAGGAUUUGAAUUGGCUUCUUUUGCCUUCCCCGCUGUUCCUUAUAAUGGCUUGCUAUUUUGGUGUAGUGAGGAUGGCUCCCUUUUUGGGUUCGAUCCUUACAACAGUGGAUGCUAUCGAUUCAUUCAGAAGCCCCUAGAAUUGGACACUUCCUUCGAUAAUGGGCGCCUUGGAGUAUCUCACGGUGCCUUGAGGAUAUCCCAGAUUUCAGGCUUCCCUUACGACUACUUCUCUGAUCCUGUUUUAUGCAUUUGGGAGUUCAAAGAUAAAGGAGAGGAAGGAGGCAAAUGGUCCUUAGAGCACCAGCUGUAUGUUAAUCAAAUGGUUUCGGAAAAGUCCCCUUGGCUCACAAAAUACGUUGUCAAGAAAUAUCCUUUUGUGAUGGUCCUAGCCUUUCAUCCAAAUGACCGGGAUAUCAUGUAUUUGAUGAUUCAUUUUAAGGUGGUAUCAUGCAACUUGCGCAGAAAAACACUGGAAGUGAUUCGCGAUUUGCCAGAUCCUCACAUCUUUUCCGAUGGCAAAAAUGUCUUCAACUUUGUGCUCCCUUGUUGGCCAACUCCCAUUCAUUCUUCUCCCUUCCUAUAA